AUGACUUUUCGCGCGGAAGAGAAGGCGCGUCUAGAUCAGUCAAAUGGUCAUUUGAGCCUGGGUGACGUGACUUCGGUAAACCUCACAAUGUUAGGUGGUGGGUUGCAACACAAUGUUCUACCGACUGAACUCUCGGCCUCAUUUGAUGUCCGCCUUCCUCCGUGCAUGAGCUUCAACACCUGGAAGGCAAAGUUAGACAAGUGGGCGGAGGAGGUUGGUGGUGGAGUGGAGUUUGGUGGAAGCUCGAGCCGCAGUCCGUAUAAAGAUAUACUCUACAGACGGAUGUUGCUUGCCGCUGGCUUGUUUAUAUCGGAUAACAGACAACUCAGCAAACAAACCGUGAUACCUCUGUCUAUGUAUUUUGUGAUUCCACAGUUUGAAUUCAUCAACGUUGGAUUCGAUUCUACAGGCUUAUCAGCGGAACCAGACGAAAAGACAGAUCCUUACUGGUCCACCCUCUUUAGAAUUUGCAAACGAUUCGGAGUUGGACUAGUGAAGCGCGUAUUCCCCGGUGGAACUGACGCGAGGUUCGUCCGAAACUUCCACACGUUACCAAAUUCCCCCAAAGACACAAAGCCGAUUCCAGCGAUCGGGUUUUCUCCAAUGCGACGCACGCCUGUUUUGUUACACGAUCACGAUGAAUACCUCUCCAGGGAUGAAUUCCUUUUGGGAUGUCGAGUGUAUACUGAGUUGUUACUCGAGCUUUCAGAAUUGCCGUAG